ACGGCCGCCUCCCGCUCCAUCGCCGCGCCGCCCAAGGCGCCUUCCGUGGCUGAGGCGAUGGAGGUGGACGAGGGCGGGGCAAUGGAGGUCGACGAGGCCGGGCCGGCCACGGCGGCAAAAGGAGCGGCGACCUCUCGGCGGCUCCGGCCUCUCGGCGGCUCCGACGAGGAGCGCCGCCCCGGCGAGAGCCUUGUCCGCCCGCCCGCCCCGCGGCUCGACCCUCGGAGCGCGGCGUCGGCUCGGUGCCCGCCGCUGUACUCUCUGCGCGCCGCGGAGGGCGUGAUCGGCGAGGGUGACGCCGUGCGCCCUGAAGAUCACCAGCGCGCCAAGGCGUGGAGGGAGGCGGUUCGCUCGGCGACGGAGGCCGCAGAGGAGGCGGGCCGGCGCAGCCGGGCUCAAGUGCGGGCGUAUGUGGAGGUGCACAAGGCGGACAUGGAGAGAGUCGCCAGCGAGCAGCUCCGCUUCCGCCCGGGCAAACGCGUUUAUUGCAACCGGUCGGCGCGCCCGGGCUUCAACCGUCAACACCCUCCGCAUCCUACGGCCUUGUGGGAGGAGGGGCGGGUGACGCAGGUCUGGCCGGCCUGCCUCGAGGCCCGGGGCGCUCCCUACCAGGUGAUCCUGAAGGACGGGACUUACGUCUUCGUGAGGAAGGACACCGACGAGUGCAUCCGUGACGACAAACACGGCGACGCCGGUUGGCUCAAAGCGUGCUAUAGUCACUGGCCCGCGCCCGAGUGCGUGCGGACGCAGCGGCUGCUCAAUGGCGUCCUCACGGCGGAGGAGGUGCACGCCCUGCUCUCGCGCUCGGGCCUCGAGCUGCUGCACGACAUCGACACGGUGUUUGAGGAGGUCGAUCCGUUCCGAGAGCGCGACACUGAUCUCACACUACUUCUACCGGAGACCAUCCAGCCGUACCACGUGCUCCGCAACUUUGUGGUUUGGCGGCGGGCGGCGGUGGUCUGCGCCGACGAGCCGCUCUACUCGCCCGCGCUCAUCCGCGACGUCUACCCGGACCCGAGCAGCGACGCGUCCGGGACGCUUCGGUGGCUCCUCGACCUCGCCGUGUCCGUCGACGGCGUCGUGCGAUACGAGCAGGCGGUGCCGCCGUGGCGCCUCUCCAACGCUGUCGGCGGGUCGGACAGGGAGUCUGGGGGCCUGGUACACACCCUUGGCGGCUGUUUGCUACCCGACGCUCGGGAGGCACUCGCCGGAGGCGAGGGCGCGGCGCGACUCAGCUUCCUCCUCGCGGAGGCGAGCUCGGGCGUUGCGGCUGUCGACAAGUGGCACGAGCUGCUGCGGGCGGCGGACCUGUACGAGUACGAGCCCGCGGCGGGCGAGGACACGCUGGUGUACGUGGGGGAGUACAGCUAUCAUGCGGCCUUCUACGCGCGCCUGCGCACGCGCGACGCCCAGUCGGCGCUGCUCGACUUUCUCGCCGAGAUCACGAACCCCAACUUGGAGGAGGAGA